ACUCUGCACAUCUGCUCCAUCUCUCAAUUGUUAGGGUCUCCAAAACCAAGGGGCAAGCAAUCAAGCUCCAUCCGGCAGGUCAGCAAGUCGAUGCUGCCUGUGCCAACCGCGCCAACCGCCCAUGCCGCCCACCAGCCGCCCUCUGCUGCGCCCAUCUCGCUCGUGCGCUUGCACCUGCCCCUGGCGGUUGGCGCAUCCAAAACCACCAACCGCAAAGCCACCGACCACGAGGCUUUGCCCGACGCUUCGUGCUCCGGUGCUCCGUCCUGCGAUCCUGCUAGCUCACGAAAUCACGAACCUACCACCCACGCAUGCACUCCCAUGCACACCCAAGGGUCAAGGCCCAAGGGCGUCGUCGCUAAAAUCCGCGGCGGAAGCUUGUGCAAACUCGAGCAGCCAGCACACGAGGUUCCUAGCCCCGUCGCUCCGUCCAGCCAGUCACAGUCAGGCUGGAAUGCCGAGCUUCCCUCCGAAGCCUCCGAGCCGAGCCUGCCGACGCCUCCUCGUCCAAGACGAGGGCAUGGUGCCUCGCGGUCUUGAGCCAAGCUUCUUCACCUCACCUCCGGAACUUCACAUCUUCCAUAUGCAGGCACUCGCACUGGCUGGCCGCUGGGGCUCACCGAAGCGAAGCGAGCUUACCCCGCACCCCCACACCAAGCCUUAGUGGGGUGGGACCUGGGCGGUAAGCGAGCGGCCCGCCGGUCCGACAGCCCGUCCAGUAGCGAGGCCAACCGAGGCAUGCAUCUUUCGGGGCGAGCAAUCGCUUCUGUCUGCUCCAGUACGAGCUGCCCGUCUCAACCCACUGGCGCAGCCGCUGACGGAAAUCUCGAGCUGCCAACGACGUAGGUGCGGAACCUCGGCCGUGCGCAUGCGUGCAUGGCAGAGAGGAGUUUAGAGGCCGAUACUGUAGCUCGAGCAACAAGGGCGGCCGGCCGAGAUCCGAGCCAGGCUUCAGGAACCUCUCCUCCCUGUGGUGG